UUUGUCUCUUAUUUCUAAAUUACACAUAUUAAACCAAAGAUUCAAAAAUAGAAAACCGAAACACCGAUUUCUUUUUUUCUUUUUUGGGAAAAGAGAAAUGGACUCCAAAAUUUGUUGGAUUCGUAACAGAAGAUUAGGCUCUUGUCUAAUGUGGGAGCUCGCUCAUGAUUAUAGAUAAAUAUUGUUACACAACACACAUAUGUAUAUAUAUAUAUAGAUAUCACACACACCUACACAGAGAAGAGAUCAUCAUAGAAUCUUUUCUGUCAUUUACUUUGUCUACAUCUCUCUCUGUUCCUUUCAUCCUUAAAUUAUUACUACUAUACAAAAUUUGUUUGCUUUCUCUCUCAUCAUGGCUGAAGAACCUCACACAUCAACGGGUGGCGGCCUCAAUAAACCUUGCAUUCUUCUCAUUAUUAUAUCGGGAAUGGAGAGAUUCGCUUUCAAAGGGGUGGCGUCAAAUCUGGUGACGUAUCUAACCGACGUGAUGAGCAUGAGCAAUUCAACGGCGGCGAAAUUUGUGAACGGAUGGGUUGGAUUCACGUCGAUGCUGCCGUUGAUCGUCUCCACCUUGGCCGAUUCUUACUGGAAUCGCUACUCCACCAUCUUGGCCUCUUCGGUGCUCUACGCUGCGGGGCUAUUAGCUUUGACUUCAACAGCAGUGACAUGGCCUUGGACAGAUUCCCACAAACUACAUUCAAUCUCAUCUCUGUGUUUGUCUCUGUAUCUCAUCUCCAUCGGCCAAGCAGGCUACAACUCUUCUCUCCAAGCAUUCGGCGCCGAUCAGCUCGACGCAACACACAAUCUGCCUCGUACCAACACCGAUGAUCCGAAGAGUUCGGACAAGAAGAGCUCCUUCUUCCAAUGGUGGUACUUUGGAGUCUGCUGUGGCAGCCUGCUAGGCGUCUCCGUCAUGUCGUAUAUCCAAGACACCCUCGGGUGGGGGCUGGGGUUCUUCAUCCCAUCGCUCUCAAUGAUCGUGUCGAUUGUCAUGUUUCUCUGUGGCAGCCGCUUUUACGAGCAAAAGCAGAGCAGGAUUGGUGAUGAGAGCUUCUUUGAGAUCGUUGUCCGAGCUGUCAAAGCUGGUGCGUCGAAGCUCAUCCGUGGUUCGAGUGGCUUGUCGAGGAAUGAGUAUGCUGCGGUUGAGCUUGAGCUUGAGGAGAAAGCAGGGCUGUGCAGCCAAGAUCAAGACAUCGAAAGCACUCGACAAGCCCAUGACGAGCCUUUGCAGCCUCUUGAGGCCGCAAAGGUUGUCCUGCGCCUGCUGCCCGUGUGGACUAUGCUGCUGAUGUUUGCGGUGAUCUUCCAACAGCCCGCAACAUUCUUCACCAAGCAAGGCAUGACCAUGAGGAGGAACAUAGGCAAGAGCUUCAAGAUCCCUCCGGCCGCGCUGCAGAGCUCGAUCACGGUCUCGAUCAUCAUCCUCAUGCCUUGGUACAACAAGUUCUUCAUCCCGUUGGCCCGUAGCUUGAGGGGCAGCGAGAACGGCGUCUCCGUGAUGGAGAGGAUGGGGAUCGGGAUGUUCCUCUCCGUCGUGGCCAUGGUGAUUGCGGCCCUGACUGAGAGGAUGCGUCUCCAGAUCUGUCUGACGGGUCAAGAUUCGUGUGAGGACGUCGCGUUUAGUAUAUUCUGGUUGCUGCCUCAAUACAUACUUCUUGGAAUCUCUGAUAUAUUCACUGUGGUAGGGAUGCAGGAGUACUUCUAUUCUGAGGUUCCUACGAGUAUGAGGACUAUGGGGAUUGCUCUCUACACGAGCGUGUUCGGCGUCGGCAGCUUCGUGAGCGCGAUCCUAAUAUCGGCUAUCGAAUGGUUGACGAGCUCCGACGGAGGUCGGGGGAGUUGGUUUUCCGAUGAUAUGGCUCAAGCUCGACUCGAUAAAUAUUACUGGUUCUUGGCGUUUUGGAGUACUUUGAGCUUGCUAGCUUUUGUGGUAUUUUGUAGGUUUGUUAAGAGGUAGGACUUGGACAUUGAUUUGAGUUAGGAAGAUAUUUUACUUUGUAGAUAAUCGUUAAUUUUGGUUGACUUUGUUGUGGUCUUCACUUCAAAUGAUGCUUAUAAUGUUCACUUGCAAUGUCAUGAUAUAUGCAAGAAAAACAAUUCGGGAA